AAGCUGAGGGCUCAAGCGUCACCUUGCGGGGGGAUCUUGCAGAUUUUCCAGAGUCAGCUGAGCAGGGCAGCCAUGCCGGCCAAUUCGGAGAAGGAGCACCUGUCCAUCGUGAUCUGCGGCCACGUCGACAGUGGCAAGAGUACUACCACUGGCCGCUUGAUCUUCGAGCUGGGUGGGCUGCCCGAGCGUGAGCUCGAGAAGCUGAAGGCGGAGGCCGAGCGCCUGGGCAAAGGCUCCUUCGCCUUCGCAUUCUACAUGGACCGCCAGAAGGAGGAGCGCGAGCGCGGCGUGACGAUCGCCUGCACCACGAAGGAGUUCUACACCGAGAAGUGGCACUACACCGUUAUCGAUGCCCCAGGCCAUCGCGAUUUCAUCAAGAACAUGAUCACCGGCGCUUCCCAGGCCGACGUGGCGCUCAUCAUGGUCCCAGCCGACGGCAAUUUCACGACUGCCAUCGCCAAGGGCAACCACAAGGCUGGCGAGAUCCAGGGUCAGACCCGUCAGCACUCCCGCCUGAUCAACCUGCUGGGCGUGAAGCAAAUUUGCAUCGGCGUGAACAAGAUGGAUUGCGACACCGCCGGGUACAAGCAGUCCCGCUACGACGAGAUCGCCAACGAGAUGAAGAGCAUGCUUGUCAAGGUCGGUUGGAAGAAGGACUUCGUUGAGAAGGGCACGCCGGUGAUGCCCAUCUCCGGCUGGAUGGGCGACAACUUGCUGAAGAAGUCCGACAACAUGGGCUGGUGGAAGGGUUGUGACGUCGAGUACGGCAAGGAGACCAUUCACGUGGACACUGUCUAUCCAGCUGCCUGCGGCACGGUGGCGGAUGAUGUGCUCGACGUGAUGUGCCGCGUGCCGGAGAGGCCUACCAGCGCACCAAUGCGUAUGCCGAUCUCGGGCAUCUACAAGAUCAAGGGUGUUGGCGAUGUGCUCGCCGGGCGCGUGGAACAGGGCGUGGUGAAGCCAGGCGAGGAGGUCGUGUUCUUGCCCACGCACACCGCUUCGAAUCCGUGCACUGGCAAGGUGUUCACUGUGGAGAUGCACCACCAGCGCGUCGAUUUCGCCAACCCAGGGGACAACGUUGGCCUCAACAUCAAGGGCCUCGACAAGAAUAACAUGCCCCGCUCGGGCGACGUGAUGGUCUACAAGAAGGACACUACUCUGGGUCAGACGAAGGAAUUCGACGCGCAGAUUCAGGUGCUCGACAUUCCCAACGAGAUCAAGGUUGGGUACUCCCCGAUCGGAUUCGUGCGCUGCGGGCGCGCGGCGUGCCGCAUCAGCAAGCUGAAGUGGAAGAUGGGAAAGGAGACGGGCGGCAAGAAGAUGGAGGACCCCCACUCCCUCAAGUCCAAUGAGAUGGCUCAGUGCAGCUUCCAGCCGCAGCAGCCGCUCGUGUGCGACACCUUCAAGAACUGUGAGGGUCUGUCUCGGGUGGCGUUCAUGGAUGGCAACGGAGUCGUGAUGCUUGGCAAGGUCAUCUCGUGCGAGCGCAAGGAGGAGGGCGGCGCCGGCGGCAAGAAAAAGUGAGCCAGGAGAAGGUCCGCAAGCGACGCACCUUAUGUUUCCUCGCUUCUCCUUGCUUCCCCUGAGAGACUCUCUGCGACCGCCGUGACUGCGCGAGAAGUUUUGGUAGUAGGGCGAUCGCUCGGCGACGGGCGGCGCCGUUUGCCUGGAUCACAGUACGCUGAAGGAA